CUUCUCGAAUUAAACGUGGCAAGAAAGUGCAUAAAUGGCUUCUCUUUGUUUUCCGCUUGAGAGCUAAAACGAGAUUGCUUUACCAAGUCUCUGGUCUCUGUCCUUCCCUAUCUCCAUCUCUCGCGCAAACGUCAGAUUGCUUACUCAAAUUUCAGGUAGUAAGUUGUAAUAAACAUUAUGAGGGGACGAAGCUACAGUUACAGUCCUUCGCCACCAAGGUCCUAUGGCAGGAGAUAUAGAAGCCGUAGCCCUCACAAACACUAUGGAGGACGUGGUAGAGAUCUGCCAACUAGUCUUCUGGUCCGCAACCUUCACCGUGACUGCAGGCCUGAAGACCUACGUGGACCAUUUGGUAGAUUUGGUCAUAUCAAGGACAUUUACUUGCCCCGUGACUAUUAUACCGGGGAGCCGCGUGGGUUUGGCUUUGUCCAGUAUGUAGAUCCAGUCGAUGCUGCAGAUGCAAAGCAUUAUAUGGAUGGUGAGAUUCUUCUUGGUCGGGAACUAACUGUGGUAUUUGCUGAGGAAAAUAGGAAGAAACCUUCAGAAAUGAGAACAAGAGAUCCUAGAAGGGGUCGUUCAUAUGAUCGCAGGAGGUCACCAGUUCGUUAUUCUCGUUCACCACUCUAUGGUAGCAGUUAUUCUCAUAGUUCAGGAUACUACCAUUCGCCCUCACCCAGGCCAAGAUCUAUUUCGCCCAGGAACAGACGAUACCGAGAGCGCUCCAACUCAGGGUCACCUUAUGACUCGAGGAGCCCAAGUCGGAGCAGGAGCAAUAGUAUGGGCUACUCUAGAUAAUUAGAUGGGAUAUAUUUUUAUAAUAGGAGCCUGGUCCUUGGUUGUUGUAUUGGCCAUGGUUGCUAUGAUAUAUGGAUCUACCGAAUAUGGGCCUAUUAUUUGUGUUUGGUGAUUAGACAUUGCUCGACUGAGAUAGUUCUACCUAAUUUAGAAAGUUUCGGCUUUUAACUUUU